AUGAUCAAGAGCGCGAUGGAAGAUGUUCACGAAAGCACGUGUAUCCGAUUCAAGCCACGCACCGGAGAGCAAGAUUGCGUAGAAAUAACAUUAUCUGAAGAAGGAUGCAGUAGUUACGUAGGCCGUAUAGGCGGUUUUCAAGUGCUCAGGUUAACGCCCGCAUGCGUGAGCAAUAAAGGAGCCAUCAUUCACGAGCUCAUGCACGUUAUUGGCUUUUACCACGAGCAUUCCCGCCCUGAUAGGGACAAGUAUGUCAAAAUUCUGUGGGACAACAUUCAUGAAAUUGCCAAAUUCAACUUCAAGAAAUAUGAUUUUACGGAAGUCGACACUUUUGGUAUAAGUUAUGAUUAUGAAAGUAUAAUGCAUUAUCCGACUUACGCUUUCUCUCGCAAUGGAAAACCAACGAUCAUCGUAAGGAAAAAUAAAAAGAUGAAAAUAGGACAGAGGCAAAAUUUGAGUCUUAAAGACAUUAAAAAGAUUCGCAAAAUGUACGGCUGCAAGUAAUGAAAAAUAAAAAAAAAUUUGUUUGGUGAAAGCUUGAAUUAAAAUGGGC